UGAAUUCCUCAGUCUGAACUGUCUAGAUGAACAAGUCGAUUACAUGUCAUCCUUGGUUUUUUCAUCUAUAACUUUUCUACCUACAACCAAAGCAUUUAUAUUUUAAAGUAGAGGGAAAAACAACUACCAUGUCAUUUUUUGAAGCAUUAGGUUCUGGAAUAUGUGCAGGAUUGGCUGUGGAUUUGUCUCUGUUUCCAGUUGAUACCAUAAAAACUCGAUUGCAAGCAAAGGGAGGAUUUCUUGCAAAUGGUGGUUUUCAAGGCGUAUAUCGGGGCCUUGGUAGCAUCCUAGUUGGUAGUGCUCCGGGAGCUUCUUUGUUUUUUACGACUUAUGAGACCAUGAAAUCCAAGUUAAGCCGUUCUGGCUUACCAUUGUCUGAACCAGUAAUUCAUAUGACUUCUGGAUCCAUGGGUGAAAUUGCCGCUUGUUUAGUACGAGUUCCUACGGAAGUAAUUAAGCAAAGAGCUCAAGCUUCUGGUGGAACUCUUUCAUCAAGAAAUGUUCUUCAAACAAUUUGGAAUUCUGAGCAAUCUUGGCGUAGCUUAUAUUCCGGUUAUGGUAUUACUAUUGCAAGAGAAAUCCCGUUCACACUAAUACAGUUCCCAUUAUGGGAAUAUCUUAAGAAGACAUGGAGGACUUCGAACAACCGAGAGAAAAAUUUGGCUCACGAGGCCGCCAUGUCAGGAUCUAUUGCAGGAGGAAUUGCUGCUGCGCUUACUACUCCCCUUGAUGUUAUCAAAACGAGAAUUAUGCUCUCACAAAAGAGAGUAUCUUAUGUGUCUACAGUGAAAAAUAUUAUUCAUUUAGAGGGAACACGUGCCCUUUUCUCAGGUAUCGUUCCUCGUGUUCUCUGGCUUAGCGGUGGAGGUGCCAUCUUCCUAGGAUUUUAUGACACUGUCUUCAAUUUUAUUCACGAUCAAUAAAGGUAUAAUGAAAAGAAUUCAUAACAAUCUUUUUGAUCCAUUCCAACGCCUCUUUCAUUUCUCAUUUACAUCCCCUAGAUACUUUACUCUAGUACUUUGGCUUUCUUGCUAUCAGCAUGCCUAAAGUGCUCAAUCAUAUUUACUAUAGAUGUUAGAUUUUCCUGAUUAUAUAUUUUUGGUUGAUUCCACUUGAUUUUCGUAUAACUUAGAUUUAAUAGAAAGCUUUUACCCAAAAGACAAAAAUUUUACCCAAGAAUAUUAGAAAGCUG